AUGCUGACAGGCGCUUCCUUCGCACCCUCAGCUCCCUCCACGCAGCGCAGUCGCCUGAGCGCCUCGAGGUUUUUUAAAGCUGGGAAGCAGACCAGUAAAGGCAGCCUCGAAGUAAAGGCGAACGCCGAGCCCGGCUGGUGCAGCCAAGCGCAACUCCUUCCUGGCAUCUCAGCAGCUGUGGCCCAAUCCACCUCCGUGGGCUCCCGCGAGUCCAGCCUGGCCACCCCCUCCCUCUCCGAGACGGACCUCUCCUCCUCGGUGUGCAGCGGCCUGGCCGUGAUGAGCUCAGGGCUUUGGGGCUUUCCGGGCACUACGAACCAGGCGGCGUUCCGCAAGCACAAGCGCGCCGCGGCGGUGAAUCGGCCCCCGAAGCGGCGACCGGACUUCUACUCCGGAUCCGGAGUGCGAGACAGCCUGAGCCCGGAGAACUGGCAGUUGGACCCGACUACCAGCUACCAGAAGCAUUUCGGGAUACCCAAGCCCGCCAUGGAGGAUGCGGCGGUCCUGGCCAACAAGUGCACGGGAGUGUUCAAGGCCGGUCAGCAGUCCAGCAUGCAGCGCUACGCGCAUGCGUCCGACGCGGCCCAACGCCGGGAGUUCGCUUUGGCAGUGCGGUCGCUGGAGUCCUUGCGAACGGCACAGCGAAAGCAGAGUAGGUCACACCUGGACUUCGACCGCAAGGAGAAUGAGCGCCUCUGGAAGCCGCCACUGCAGCGGCCGGUGGUGGAUGCAGCCCGAGCUCAGAGAUCGCAAGUUCCUCUGGGCGUCGUGUGUCAGAGGGAGGCGCCUACGCUGCCCACACCAGCUCCUGCCGCAGACAAGAUCGCUGAAGACGUGCCUCAGAGCCCUUUGGUCUCCGAAUUGGGAUCCUUGCCUCUGACGGCCCUGUCCUACGCGGAGUCGGUGGAUGCAAGCUCCUUGCCGGCCUCUUCCCGCAGGCCCGAGUCCGCCAAAGGGAGCCUGCAAACCUCCAAGAAGGCCUCGGGCGGGAGCUCGGCAAGGUCCUCCAAGGCCUCCAGGCCCUCCCGGCCUCUCUCCGCCGCGCUUGCGCGCCCAGCCCACUCAUCUUCUUCUCAGGGCUCCGGGCCUGAUAUGGGGCGGCGGGUGGCAUCCCAGGAGAAGGAGAACCAUCCGGAACUUGUGCCCCCGGACCCUGACCUGGGCUCCGAGCAUCCGGGGCCCAAGAAUGAACUUGCAAAGCGCUUCGAGACCAUCUUCAGGCCCAUCCGCACCAACGUCAAACGCGUCGGGUGCCUCGCCUGGAUGGAGUGA